AUUACAGAAUUCUUAUUGUCAUAAUGAAAUCUUACUUUAGAAAUAAACAUCCAACAUCUGUAAGUAUGCAAGACUAAGUAAAAUGGUACUGUGAAGCUUGUAAUAAAGUGUAAUAAAAGAUGAGGAAGAUAUAUACCUAGAGCCGAAUAUUCUUUUAUUCCCCACUUUUUAUUAGUAUAUGUUUGCAAUUCGUAUUAAAUAUAAAGAGCAUUCCAAAUCUGGGUAAAUUAGGAAAUUAUGUCUUCCUUUGGUGUGCUGGCCAAAGUCCAAAGUCGAAAGCAGCAGGUUUUGAACUGAGUGUUAGCUCAGCUACUUAAGAAACUGUGAGACCUUAGGCACAUUGGCUAAUGUGUUUGAGUUUCCUCAUUCAUAAACACCUCGCAGUGUAUUUGUAACACUGUUUUCAAACAGCAGACAAUGGGCAGUCUAUUAUCUGAUGGUACUCUUCUCAUUCACACAGAUGGCCUCGAGGAAGCUCGGGGAAAAGAAACCAGACUCAGUUCCCGCACUCCUGGUCAAUGACCCUGGGAUGUCUCUAAGGCCUGGAAAGGGCCAUAGAGACAGAUGCCGCACCUUCACCGGUUGCACCCUAGUGCGACAUGACAAGGAAAGGGGACUUCCGGGCCGACCCCGGAAGCCAGAGGAACCGAACAGGUUCACCCCGGCUGGGAGGCGAGGCGGAAGAGCCGCACGAGGACUACGUUUCCCAGAAGCCCGCGGAGCAGGGCGCUUGGUGGGUGCCGCGGACCGUAAGCGACGGGCCUAGUCCCGCAGUACCAAGGUAAAUGCUGGUAGCUCGGCUCCAAGGGGAGUGACUCGUGGCCUGCGAUAGAUUUGCAGUUUUCUUGCCUGACAGCCUGAACUGACAAAAUGACUGUUCCGCCGGGCGACUCAGUGUUCCUGGCCCAGGACCUUACCUCCACAACCCGAGCUCCCUCCCUGCACCACCAGGCGUGCUUCCCUAGCGUCGGGGGUCGCAGAUGGGGAGGGGGCAGGGCGCCCUUCCAUUAGUUCCGGGCCCAUCGGUCCCUGUGCAUCUGUCCCACGCUCCCUCGGAUUCUAGCUGGCCGGCAGCCGGCUGUGCCCCGCUUCCCUGCGCGGAGCGGGGCGGAGGAGGGACGGACGCGGGCCAGCCUCUUGCCUGAAGGCUGCUUUUCCCGGCGUCCGGCCUGAAGCCGCUGAGCACCUCCGCGAUACCCCGAUCCUGCACUCUCGAGACCCGCGAGGUGAUGCCGCUGGAGAGGAUGUACAGUCCUGGAGUGGCAGAACCGGAGUUGCCCCGAGCCUCUGUGGCUCUAAAGCCCUUUCCGGGAACCCUGGGUUGUCUUUUCCCCUUCCCACGCACAGAACCCAGCCCUGGUCCCCAGCUCGCUCCCGCCUCGGCGCCCCCCUCCCCCAGCACGCAAACAAGUGUGGGGUCCUCCGCAGACCAAUCCGGGUCGCGGCUACUCUUCUAGGCCCCUAUGGCUUAGCCCGGGCCGCUCGCGUAACACCCACGGUGGUGGGUGGGGCAUGGGGUUGGGGUUCGGCGGCCGCUCCGGUCCGGCUCCAGGCGGGGCUGCGGGUCCCUGUGCCCCGCGGGUUCCACGGGAAUGGGGGCGUGGCUGCCGAGCCCUGUCCGCCGCGGGGUAUCGCGGUUUAGUCUGCGCGGUAGGCCAAGCGCCCCCUGCCUUUGGCUAGAGAUGUUCUUGUGGUUUUAUGCAGACUCCUGGGGAAGCUGGUUGUGCUGCUGCCCCUGCUGCUGCCGCCGCCGCCUGAUCCCAGCCGACAGCUCUUGGGGCCGCGGCCGGCGCUGGCUGCUGGAGAUGGCGGACGCGAAGUCCGUGCAUGAAACCAGAUUCGAGGCGGCUGUCAAAGUGAUCCAGAGUUUGCCGAAAAAUGGUUCAUUCCAGCCAACGCAUGAAAUGAUGCUCAAGUUCUAUAGUUUCUAUAAACAGGCAACUGAAGGACCCUGUAAACUUUCAAGGCCGGGAUUCUGGGAUCCUAUUGGAAGAUACAAAUGGGAUGCUUGGAGUUCAUUGGGUGAUAUGACUAAAGAAGAAGCCAUGAUUGCAUAUGUGGAAGAAAUGAAAAAGAUUAUUGAAACUAUGCCAAUGACUGAGAAAGUUGAAGAAUUGCUACAUGUUAUAGGUCCAUUUUAUGAAAUUGUAGAAGACAAAAGGGGUGGCAGGAGUUCUGAUUUAACCUCAGUCCGACUGGAGAAAGUCUCUAAAUAUAUAGAAGAUCUGGGUGAUGUUCUUACUCCUACUCUGAAUGCCAAAGCCGUUAAUGGGAAAGCAGAAAGCAGUGACAGUGGAGCCGAGUCGGAGGAGGAAGAGGCUCAGGAGGGAGAGAAGCGAGCAGAGCCAAGCGAUGAUGAUAAGAAAAUGAUGAAAUUAGGAGAGCAUAAGAACUUGGAAAUCGUCACUAAUGGUUAUGAUAAAGACAGCUUUAUUCAGGAUAUACAAGGUGACAUUCAGGCCACUUCUUCCCUGAAUGGUAGAAGUGCUGAAGAAGGAAAACCUGGAGAUCAGGGCUUGGAGGGAACUGGAAACAUUGCUGUCCACCUUCCCCAAGAUAUAAAUGAUGAUCAUGUUGAAGAUGCUUCAGGGAUUCUGCAUUUGACAAGUGAUUCAGACAGUGAAAUUUACUGUGAUUCUAUGGAGCAGUUUGGGCAAGAAGAGUCUCCAGACAGUUUUAUAUCAAACACCGGACCAUUUCAAUAUUUCCUGAGUGGUGAUCCUAACAAGCCCUUGGAAAAUUCCUGUUUUCCUGAAGAUGUUCAAGGACCACCUGGGAACGGCAACACUGGCACUCUGCAGGUGGUGGCAGUCGAAGGAAGAGGUGAAGUAAAGCACGGAGGAGAAGACGGCAGAAGUGACAGUGGCGCCCCACAGCAUGGGAAACGAGGUGGAGAAAGCGAGGGGUUCUCUCAUGUCAGAAGAGCGAGAGGGCACAGGAUGCCACAUCUGAGUGAGGAGACGAAGGGCCGACAGGUGGGCAGUGGAGGUGAUGGUGAGCGCUGGGGCUCAGACAGGGACUCCCGAGGCAGCCUCAGUGAGCAGAUUGCUCUUGUGCUCAUGCGACUGCAAGAGGACAUGCAGAACGUCCUGCAGAGGCUUCAUAAGCUGGAAACACUCACUGCUUCGCAGGCAAAAUUAUCAACAUUGCAGUCCAGUAAUCAGUCCUCACAGAGACCAUCUUGGUGGCCCUUUGAGAUGUCUCCUGGUGCAUUAACUUUUGCUAUUGUAUGGCCUUUCAUUGUCCAGUGGUUGGUGCAUUUAUAUUAUCAAAGAAGGAGAAGAAAACUGAACGGAAGAAAAUGAUGUUUUGCUCAAGAAGACUGCUGGGCCUGGAUGAUCUCAGAAUGAAAUGGAUUUGGAGCGCACGAGAAAAUCUUAAUUACAUUUCUUUUCUGUUGUCCAGUAGUUCGAUUUGUGUACAUAUAUACACGUAUAAUUUUUGCACUACAGAGUGAUAAUAUUUUGGGAACUAAUAUUUCUGAUACUUGAAUAAUCAAUCUCAACUAAAUUAUAAGUAGCAUACAUUGAUUUACCCUACCCUUGAACUUGGAGGACAUUAAGCUUUUGAUUAUUAUUUGGUAACAUAUUUACUUGAUUAUUUCCUAUAGAGAAUUACAAAGUUACUUUUCCAAGAUACAGUUGUGAUAAUGAGAUCAGAUUUAUAAGUAGAUGUGUUUUAUUUUGUAAAUGAAAUACGAGAAAAAAUGCAAACCAAGAGUGAAUUUCGAACGAGGUUAUAUUGGUUUUCUACCAGUCCCUGAAUUGCUGAGUCAAGCAGUAGAAAAUUGCUGGUGGAAUCUUCUCUGCAUUCACAUUGUAGGCCACAGAGAAUCGUGGGCAUUCACAAAUCAGUUCAGGCCUCACUAUUUUAACUUUACAGUCCUUUGCCUUGGCCUUUGUUUUUAAAAUGUUUCACAGAACAGAGAUAACCCACUGAUGAGUAGGAUGAAAAAUGGGCUUGACGUAGUAUUCUGAGGUAUUCUGAGGCUGCAGAUGAAUAAUAAGAUUUUAAUUCUAUUAUACAGAGUUAUUCUUUUGUAAUCAUUUUGCUUUAACUGAGGAUAGCUAGUGUCUGCUUCAUAGGGUGCUUUGAAAUAUAAACAAAAAUGUAUUUAUACUGUUUUUAUAAACGUUAAAGAAAGGAAACAUGAAAAUCACUUUUCUGCAACCGGUAAACUACACAGACUGGACUCUUAACCUCUUAGUGCCUCACUUUUCCUUUGCGGUAUAAUUUUUGGCUGUAUCUACUUCCAGGGGUAUUGGAAGAAUUUACAAGCAAACGGGCCAUCUGCUACCAUAUGAGUAAUGCAUGCCCAAUUAAUGGAGAUUAAAGUCCCUGCAUCCCACCUCUCACUUUGACUGUUAUUUAGAUCCUUGAAGACUAUACGUAGAGAGCCAUUCUUCCUGUAUACUUCCCAAAGCUCCUUGCUCAUUUAGGUAUGCGUUGUGCUUUAAAGAUUUCUCUGAUUGCGAAGCUUUGUAGCAAGCUGGUGUGGUGGUGCAUGCCUGAUAUACCAGCACUUGGGAGGCUGAGGCAGUAUGAAUGCUGUGAAUUCAAGGCCAUCCUGAACUCCACAGUGGGUUUGAGGUCAACCUGAACUACAUAAUAAGACCUUGUCUCAAAAAAAAAAAAAAAAAGCUUUGUAGCAAAUAAUUUUUAAGGAUUCUGGGUAUUAUGACAUUGGAUUUAGCUUCAUGUGUUCAGAGUUAAAUAAGUGGGUCAGAAUCUGUCUAGUGUGAAUGGUGGUUCUUUGUUUGCCUAAAGAAAAGUGUGACAGUACAAUUUGCUUUUCCUAAACUUUCAUCAAACUUGUUUUAUUUUUAUUCCCAUCUUGAUUCAGAUGUUUGUCUGAAAGGAUCUAAUAUUUGUUUAAAAAAAAACUGUUCACUAUUCAGGAAAAAAAUGAAGCAAGUAACUAAAUUAUAUGUAGAAAUAAAGUUUGGAUAGGAAUUGUCUUCAAAAAGUAGGUAUCAAUCUAGUAUCAGAAUGGUGGUUCUUGGUAUAUAAAUAAAUUGCUAAUUAGGAUUGUAAAGAGUUGUGAUUAAUUACAGUCAGGGAUAGCUAACUCCUAGGGAUAACCAUUUAUCUUAUUCCAAAGUCUUAUUUUAUAGUUUGAAAAGCAUUUUGCACACAAUUCUUGUAUAUAAAAAAGUAAAGAUUAAUUAUACAGUGUAGUGUUCUGCUUUGUUUAAUAAGAACCUCAUUUUGAAUUGACAACUAUGGUAUUUUUUUUAAUGAUCAAAUUCUUUUCUGUUUAUUGUAAAACUAAGUGAAAAAUAAAAGGUUAAUGAGAAA